UCUCUCUCUCUCUCUCUGUAAUCUUUUAGGGUUCAUCGCUUUCUUCUGUGCAUCUCUUGCUCUCAUACUAUACUAAGCAUCCAUUUUCAAUUCCUGGGUUUGAUUUCUUUUUUGAUGAAUCUUUCUUACUUUUGACUGAAAUUUUUGGUCAAUCCCCUUCAAGAUUUGCUUUCUGAGUGCGAUUCUUGUGCUUUUUGUGUCGAUCUUUUUCUUUACUUUACUUUCCAUACUCAUCUUUUCUGUUCAUAAAUUCCAUUCUUUUAUCGGCUUUCUUUCGAUUUUAAACGCUUAUUCUCAGGUUUCCAUUUGUCGUCAUUCUGUGUUCUUCGUUUUCCCUAAAUUAAUUUGGUGUAUUUGUGUUUGCAUGUUGUGGGUAUUUGCUUAUUUUUCUCUCAAGAAACCCAAUUAAUUUUUGUGGGUUUUUUCCUGUUUUCGAUAAUCGAAACACCCUUUUCAGCUGGUUUCGGAAUUUGGAAGUUGGGAUUAAUUGGUGAUGGAGUAUUCAAGAUGGAAGAUUUAUAUGCUGGUUGUUGUGGGUUUGAUGUCAAUUUUCAGUGCUGAGAUUUGCUUUGCAGACACUGAUCAUCGUGAUAUCUUGGCAAUAAAUAGUCUUUAUGCCGCUCUCGGCUACCCACCUCUUCCCGGAUGGUUGGUGUCAGGGGGAGACCCGUGUGCGGAAGGUUGGCAAGGUGUCCAAUGCGUCAACUCUAACAUUACCGGAAUCAUUCUUAAUGGUGCCAAUUUGGGAGGUGAAUUGGGCGAGAAUUUGGGAGCUUUCGUUUCCAUCAUACAAAUAGAUUUAAGCAAUAAUCACAUUGGAGGCCGUAUACCGUCAAACCUUCCACUUACUAUCAAGAUCUUAACGCUCUCAGGCAACCAACUUACGGGUAGCAUCCCGGACUCCAUUUCCAUUUUAGGCCAAAUGACGGAUUUAUCUUUGAACAACAACCGCUUAACGGGACUAAUUCCAAAUUCUUUUCAAUUGCUUACGCCCUUAGUAAAUUUGGACUUGUCUGCUAACAAUCUAAGCGGCCCACUGCCUUCUUCGAUGGCGAACUUGCCAUCGUUAACCACAUUGCACUUACAGGAUAAUCAUCUUACGGGGCUUCUUGAUGUGUUGCAAGAUCUUCCCCUUAUAGCUUUGGAUGUGGAGAAUAAUCUCUUUUCGGGACCGAUACCGUCUAAGUUGUUGGCCAUUCCGAAUUUCAGAAGCACCGGAAACCCGUUUAAUACAACGAUUAUUCCUUCUCCACCGGCGUUAUCUCCCUCGCCAUCAUCUUUUGCGCCACACCCACCGGAAAUUGGCCCCGGAAUUCAAGUAUUUGGACAAUCACCACCGGAGCCUCCACCACAUUCUCCCGGAAAAUCGAACUCCUUAACGAAAAAUAAAGUAGUUUUGGUUGCUAUCGGUGGAUUCUUGAUUCUUAUCAUACUCGCAUCGGGACUUUGCUUUUGUAUUUCGAGACGCCGAAAAGAGAAGUCGACGGUCGAAGUUUCGAAGAGAGAGCAUGUAAAAAACGCAACGCUUAACGUCUUCAAACCAUCCGAACGCAGAGAUACUGGAAGUAAGGAUUCAUUGGCGAGGUCUGCGGAGAAACUUGAAACGGUUUCCAAGAGUAAGGAGGAUCAUAGGAUAGACAUGGCGAAGGUCGAUGCAAGUUCUUUUCCAACACCACCGGCCUUACCUUUGCAACCGUCUCCUCGUGAACGGGUUAUCGUGAAACCGCUUGCAGUUCCGCCGGCCAACCAGCGUCCUACUUCAAGAAAAAACGUAAACUCUGCACGGUUUUUCUCGAUAGCUUCUCUUCAAGAGUAUACCGAUAGCUUUUCUCAAGAAAAUCUUGUCGGAAGUGGUAUGCUCGCUACGGUUUACAAAGCGGAGCUUCCUAGCGGAAAGCGGUUAGCGAUCAAAAAACUCGAUGAUGCAACUUCUCGGAAGUGGAGCGAUGAACGUUUUAUGGAGUUGGUGACGAAUGUUUCCAAGCUUCGAAACGAAAACAUAGUCGGGCUCGAGGGUUACUGUGUUGAACGCGGACAACGGCUUUUUGUAUACGAGUAUUGCGAAAACGGGACGUUACAUGAAGCUUUGCAUCUAAAUGACGAAAUGCACGAGCGGCUUUCGUGGAAUUCUCGAGUACAUGUGGCACUUCACAUUGCAAGAGCCCUUGAGUACUUGCACGAGGUUUGCCAACCACCUGUUGUUCAUCACAAUGUGAAGUCCACGAACGUUCUUUUUGACGAUGAGCUGAAUGCACGUGUUUCGGAUUGCGGUUUGGCUCCGCUACUACCAUUGAGCCACGCUAGCCAGCAGUUGCAGGGUUCGGGAUAUGGUGCCCCGGAACUUGAGUCGGGAGUUUAUACUUACCAGAGUGACGUUUAUAGCUUUGGAGUCAUUAUGUUAGAACUUUUCACCGGCCGAAAAGCUUUUGACAGCUCAAGGCCAAGGGGGGAACAAUUUCUCGUGAGGUGGGCGAUUUCUCGGCUACAUGAUAUAGAAGCUUUAGCGGGAAUGGUUGAUCCUUCGGUACGUGCUACGUGUUCCUCCAAGUCUUUAUCUCGGUUUGCCGAUAUUAUUUCUCUAUGCGUUCAGCCCGAGCCGGAGUUUAGGCCACCGAUGUCGGAAAUUGUGGAGAGUCUCUUGCACAUGAUUCAAAGAAAUAUCUGAACGAUAAUUUGUAGACGAAAUGUGCCAAAAUUGACGAACUGGGUUUUUAGCCCUCGAACAUGGUAACGGAAAACUCGGUGUAACCGAUUCGAGGGGAGAUGUGUAGGGUUGCUCGGAAUCCCGAUUUCGAGCUUUUCGGGUUUGUCGAUAAGUCUUUUGGGGAUUUAGAUAUAUAUAUAUUGGUGUUCCAUUUUUUGUUUAGUAUUUAUAGAUCAAUUUGCUGGUUUUAUGUUUUCAGAUGAUUUUUAAAUGUAUGUAUUCAUUUAUUUUAUAAUUGAGAAUCAAUGUUGAUAGU